AAAAAUUAAUCUUACCAUGCCAUAAGGGCAAAUAUUAUAUAUUUAUUUUGAUUCGAUUAAAAUUAAUAAAUAUUGACUAUCACAAUAAUUAAGAUUCAUAUUAACAAUUUUGACUUUUUACACAUACAAAUGUAAUAAUAAUAAUAAUAAUUGAACUAUUGAUUUUAACUUGUUGCUAAGGAUAUUAUUAUAACAGAUGCUAAUCCUACGGCAGAACAGAAAAAUGUGCUUCUACUUUUGGCUGAUGAUGCUGGGUUUGAAAUGAGAUCGUACUUAAAUAAAAUUUGUCAAUCACCCAAUUUAGAUUCCUUAGCAAAAGAAAGUUUACUAUUUAAUAAUGCAUAUACUUCAGUUAGCAGCUGUUCUCCUAGUCGUGCUGCAUUAUUAACUGGUUUACCAAGUCAUGAAAAUGGAAUGUAUGGAUUGCACCAUGGAGUCCAUCAUUUUAAUUCAUUUAAUAAUAUUGAAAGUUUGCCAAAAAUAUUACAAAAAAAUAAUAUUAGAACAGGUAUAAUUGGUAAAAAACAUGUAGGUCCAGAAAAUGUAUAUCCAUUUGAUUUCUCAUAUACAGAAGAGAAUAAUGAUAUAUUACAAGUAGGACGUAAUAUCACAAAAAUUAAACUUUUAGUUAGAGAGUUUCUUUCACAGAAUAAAACGCAACCAUUUUUCUUAUAUAUUGCUUUUCAUGACCCACAUCGAUGUGGUCAUACACAUCCACAAUAUGGCAAUUUCUGUGAAAAAUUUGGUAAUGGAGAUAUUGGAAUGGGUACAAUUCCUGAUUGGCAUCCAAUAUAUUAUCAGUGGGAUCAGGUAAAAGUACCAUAUUUUGUACAAGAUACUGAAGCUGCUAGGAGAGAUAUUGCUGCACAAUACACAACAAUUUCUCGUUUAGAUCAAGGCGUAGGCUUGGUUUUAAAUGAGCUUAAAGAUGCAGGUUUUAAAGAUAAUACUUUAAUACUUUAUACAUCUGAUAAUGGGAUUCCAUUUCCUAACGGCCGUACUAAUCUAUAUGAUUCUGGUAUGGCAGAACCUAUGAUGAUUUCAUCACCUAUCCAUAAAGAACGAAGAAAUCAAGUAACAUAUGCUAUGACAUCUCUACUGGAUGUAGUACCUACUUUGUUAGACUGGUAUAAUAUAUCUUAUACAAAUGAAGCAUUGAAUAAAAAUGAAAUUUUUCUACCAAAUCUUACAGGCAGAUCUCUUCUUCCACUCCUUGUUAAAGAGUCACAGGAGGAGAGAUCAAUUUUUGCUAGUCAAACUCAUCAUGAAGUUACUAUGUAUUAUCCUAUGCGUGUGAUUAGAACUAAACGCUAUAAAUUGAUACAUAAUUUAAAUUAUAAAAUGCCUUUUCCAAUCGAUCAAGAUUUAUAUAUAUCUCCAACUUUUGAGGAUCUUUUAAACAGAACAUAUAAUAAACAACCUCUUCCGUGGUAUAAAACAUUAAAGUCGUAUUAUCAAAGACCAGAAUGGGAAUUAUAUAAUUUAAAAUAUGAUCCUGAAGAAAGGAACAAUAUAUUUUCGAAGCCAUCGAUGAAGGGCAUAGUGACUAAUUUACAAAAACAAUUGUUCAAUUGGCAGAAUGUUACUAAUGAUCCAUGGUUAUGUGUUCCACAUGGAGUCUUACAAAAUACUGGUGAUCAUAUAAAUAAUCCACAGUGUAUGCCCUUAUAUAAUAUAGAUUAGAAGAUAUGA